AUGGUAAUGAGUGGGGUAGAGAUGGAGAGGUACAAAUUAACAGCAGCAACUAAGGGGGACACAGAGUUGAUCUCCAAUCCAGAAAUAAGAGUGAGCUCAGAUGUGAUCAUUGAAGGUUCUGAUCUGGCCAUAUCUUGUCAUUAUACUCCAAUGUCACCAGGAGAGAGUUCAGGCCUGCAGUUUGCAUUAUACAGAGAUGGAAUCAUCUUUAAGGAAUUUAGUUAUUCCAGUUACUGGUACAUUUCCAGGGCCCGGGCUGAGCAGUCAGGAGAUUAUACAUGUGCAGUUAGACUCUCAAAUGGACAAGAACGGAGAAGCUCUAGUGUCGAUAUUAAAAUACAAGAGCUCUUCUCACAGCCGGAAAUAAGAGUGAAUAUAAACCCAAUAACAGAAGGAGAUACCUUGUCCCUAACAUGUGACACACAGAGGAGCCAAUAUGGAAAUACCCAACUGGAGUUUUAUUUUAACAAAUGGACAAUUGGACUCCUACAGAGCAGGACUGGUCAACAAUUUAAGCCUGGGCAGUUCAGUCUCUCCAGUGAAUACCGAGUUCCAUCAGUUCAGCUGCAACACUCUGGGGAUUAUUCCUGUGCAGCAGCAACACCAGAUAACAGAGUUUAUAAACGGAGUUCUCCUAUAGCUAUCCAGAUAACUGAAUUGUUCUCUAAACCAGAACUGAGAGUGAGCUCCAACCCUAUUACAGAAGGCACAACCUUGACCCUGACAUGUGAUACAACUCCCAGUACAGUCAGCACUGAGGAACUGCAGUUUGCUUUCUACUGGGAUGGGCAGGAGGUGCAGGGGUUCAGCUCAUCCAAUCAGUAUCAAGUUGACUCAGUUCAGCUAAAGGAUUCUGGGAAUUAUAAUUGCAAAGUGCAACAUCCAGCUAAAAGUAUAAAUAAAACAAGUGAAGUGUCCUAUAUUCAGGUAGUAGAAUUGUUCUCUAAACCAGAACUCAGAGUGAGCUCCAACCCAUUUACAGAAGGCACAACCCUGACCCUGACAUGUGAUACAACUCCCAGUACAGUCAGCACUGAGGAACUGCAGUUUGCUUUCUACUGGGAUGGGCAGGAGGUGCAGGGGUUCAGCUCAUCCAAUCAGUAUCAAGUUGACUCAGUUCAGCUGGAGGAUUCUGGGAAUUAUAAUUGCAAAGUACAACAUCCAGCUAAAAGUAUAAUUAAAACAAGUAAAUUCUCUUAUAUUCAGAUAGUAGAGCUUUUCUCACGGCCGGUAAUAAAAGUGAAUAUAAACCCAAUAACAGAAGGAGAUACCUUGUCCCUAACAUGUGACACACAGAGGAGCCAAUAUAGAAAAAAUACCCAACUGAAGUUUCUUUUCUACAAGAAGUGGGGUAAUAUCCUGCAGCUCAGUCUCUCCAGUGAAUACCGAGUCCCAGCAGUUCAGCUGCAACACUCUGGGGAUUAUUCCUGUGCAGCAGCAACACCAAAUAACAGAGUUUAUAAACUGAGUUCUCCUAUAACUAUCCAGAUAACUGAAAUGUUCUCUAAACCAGAACUGAGAGUGAGCUCCAACCCUAUUACAGAAGGCACAACCCUGACCCUGACAUGUGAUACAACUCCCAUUACAGUCAGCACUGAGGAACUGCAGUUUGCUUUCUACUGGGAUGGGCAGGAGGUGCAGGGGUUCAGCUCAUCCAAUCAGUAUCAAGUUGACUCAGUUCAGAUGGAGGAUUCUGGGAAUUAUAAUUGCAAAGUACAACAUCCAGCUAAAAGUAUAUAUAAAACAAGUGAAUUGUCCUACAUCCAGGUAGUAGGAGGAGCAGUCAGACCUGUGGUUUCCUUAUCCCCCAACUGGGCCAACAUAUUAACUGGUGACCAGGUGACUCUGACAUGUGAUGUGGGAUCUACAGCAGGAACAACACCCUCAUAUUCCUGGUAUAAAGACAAUGAGAAGAUGAAUAAGUAUAUUCAGACUAAUGGACAAAUAAUAAUUAACUAUGCACAUGAGACACACAGUGGUAAUUACCAGUGCCAGACGGAUACCAGUGAGAGAAGUGAGUCUGUCAGACUGAAUGUUACUGAUGCUCCUCUCAUCCUGCAGGCACCUCCGUAUGUGUAUGAAGGAGACUCCCUGUCUAUGAGAUGUUACAGCAAGUCUGGGAGUGAUACAGUGUUUUAUAAGGACAAUAAUACAAUAAAGCCGAUGAAUGGUGAUCAUUUAUAUAUUCAUAAAGUCAAUGUGACUGUGACUGGUACAUACAGAUGUUCUAAAAGAAAGUUUAUUAGGCCAUCUACAUACCAUGAUCUCCAUCAGACUGAUGAAGAAUUCAUUUCUGUAAGAGAGUUGUUCUCCAGCCCAGAAAUAAAAGUGAGUCCAAGUCCCCUGGCAGAAGACAGUGACAUGAUCAUAACCUGUGAUACAGCCCUUCAUCCAUCCAGAAGAAGCACAAUGCUGGAAUUUGCCUUUUAUAAAGAUGGAAAUACUGUGCGCAAUUUCAGUUUAUCCAAAAGAUACAGAGUUUGCUCAAUUGGACCUGGAGACUUGGGAGAUUAUUCCUGCGCAGUGAGAACUGUUACUGGUUCUGUGCUUAAAAUGAGCAAUGUGACCCAAAUCCAGAUACAAGGUAAGUGUGGAAAUAAUGGAUUAAUAGUGUUCUCAGCAAUCUCCCCCUUUCUUGUAAUACAACUCAAUGUCAGUAAGGCACCAGUUUCUUGUUUUAUUUAG